AAAUCUUAAAAAAUCUUUUUCUAUACAUAUUUUCCUCCUGCGGCUGUAACCUGACACAGCUUCCUAGGAGGUGUUGAAUAAAGUGCCACUGAAGGUUGGUCAUUAGGCGAAGCUGACAGAACAAAUUCUUCAGGGGUAGGUUGGAAAGUUCUAGUUCAUUUGAGGCCUGGCUGGACGCAAGCCUUAGGAAGCUGUUAUCCAGGCCCCGUGCUGCUAACUAGCCUCCAAGAUUCACUUCCGUCUGUCCCUUUCUCCGCAGCUGCGAUCUCCUGGGAGCCCGGCUGCCCCUGAGCUGCCCAUCGAAAGCGAGCUGGAUGCCCGAGAGCGCAGGAUCUCGCACUCCCUCUACGGAGGGAUUGAGGGGCUGGAAGAGUCGCCCAGCAGGAAUGCCGCACUCAGCAGGAUAAUGGGUGAGUCAGGUAAAUGCCAGCUGUCCCCCACGGUGAACAUGCCACAUGAUGACACCGUUAUGAUCGAAGAUGACAGGCUGCCGGUGCUCCCACCUCACCUCUCUGACCAGUCCUCCUCCAGCUCCCACGAUGAUGUGGGAUUCAUAAUGACGGAGGCCGGCACGUGGGCCAGGGCUGUCAUCAGCGACUCAGCCGACUGCUCUUUGAGUCCAGAUGUUGAUCCCGUUCUUGCUUUUCAACGAGAAGGAUUUGGACGCCAGAGUAUGUCAGAAAAACGCACAAAGCAAUUUUCAGAUGCCAGUCAAUUGGAUUUCGUUAAAACACGGAAGUCAAAGAGCAUGGAUUUAGUAGCUGACGAGACUAAACUCAAUACAGUGGAUGACCAGAGAGCAGGCUCCCCGAGUAGAGACGUGGGGCCCUCCUUGGGUCUGAAGAAAUCCAGCUCCUUAGAAAGCCUGCAGACUGCC